UGCCUGGAAUUACAGCAGACAUUUAAAUCUGUAUUUCUUCUUUCUUUUGGGAACAUGACCAUUGUGAAUUUCUCAAUUGAAUAUGAUUCCAUCAAUAGCCGGAACAUCUUCACAAACGGAGAUACAAUUAACGGACGGAUUAUUGUGGAGCUCUCUAAAGAUACUACAAUCCAGUCACUCGCUUUUGUUGGAAAAGGAAGUGCAAAUGUUCACUGGACUGAAGAUGAAUAUCCCAGUCAAUUUGUUUCACAUAUUGUACAUCACUACCAGUCUGGUGAAAAAUAUUAUGAUAUCAAACAGCAUAUCUUGAGAGAUGGUAAUGAAACAUUUCCCAAAGGAAGACAUGUGUUCCCUUUCACCUUCAAGGUCCCUGACAGAAAAAUGCCGUCUUCGUUCAAGUCAUGGACUUGUACAGUUGUUCAUGAGAUUAAGGCAGAGCUCAAACAGUCAAUGAAACUGACAAAGGAAGCUAAAGCCCACUUUACAUUUGUCUCCAAAGCCGACAUGGAUAUACACGGACUCAUGGAACCUCAACAUGAUUGCACUGAUAAAAGUCUCAGUACUUGUGGCUUUGGCAGCAUUUCAAUGGAUGUUCACACGAGCCGAAUGGGAUACCAGCAAGGUGAAGAUCUCCAAGUCCAAGUCGAAAUUCACAACCAAUCAUUUCGGACCUUGAAGCCUAAAUUCGUAUUGUACGAAAAGCAGAGUUUCUCUGCUCAGGGUCACAGGAGACUUUACAGGAAGGAGAUUCUUAAGGAGAAAGGGGAGCCCGUUGAGGCGCAAAGUAACAAAACUGUGACGAAGAUAAUCACCAUCCCUAGAGAGCUGCCGACGUCCAUUUUGAAUAGCGCCAUCAUCAAGCUGGAAUACAAGCUGAAGCUAACCUGGGAGCACCUCGGAAUCCCCCGGGAAGAGCUGGACAAAGUAGCUGAGGAGAAGGAAGUCUGCCUCGGCUGCUGCCCCCGUGAGCGACCCGACCACUAA